AAAUGCUCCACGUUAAAAUUAUUUAAUAUUAAAGUGUAUGUAUCUCGUCUUCGCUUAAUCUAAUCUACGCGCGACUUUAAUUUCGGUAGUAAAUAUAUUAUUGUCUGUUAGUGAGCGCAGCAUUCGCGCCGACAACAGCGAGCUGAGCAAGUGAACGUGAAGAAGUGGUGCGCUUGACAAAGCCACCCAAUUAAAAAAAAAAAAAACAAAAAAAAAAGAAAAACAAAAACGAAAGCACAUAGUUACAAAGCAGUGCAAAUUUGAAGGUGAUUGCCUACUUCGAGUGGUGCGAGUGGUGCAAAAAAAGGCAGCAACAGUGACAGGAUACGUCGCUACGUGCGAUGGAGAAGCGUGAUGACAAGCCCACGCGCCCCGAUCCAAUCAUUUCGAUUUUGGGCAGCGAUUUGGGUCCUUGGCAGCUGAUAGUUUGCCUUUGGAUAUUCCUUUCGAAAUUUCCAACCGGUUGGGUGCAGGUCUCUAUGGUAUUCCUGCAGUCACCCAUCAAAAGCUCGUGCGUUGUGCCCGACAACAACACUGAUGUCUGCUCAGCUGAGUGCAAGGAGGUCGCCUAUGACCGUAGCGUGUUUCAGGAGAAUAUCAUAAGCGAAUGGAAUUUGACCUGCGACCGGGCGUGGUUAGCCAGUUUGGCACAAAGCUUUGUGAUGAUUGGCAUUAUGUUGGGUAACAUCGUUUUCGGACUCUUUUCCGACAAGUGGGGUCGUCGUCCCAUGUUUGUGAGUGCCUGUGUUAUGCAACUCAUUUUUGGCUGCCUUGUUUCGGCGUCUCCAUGGUUUUGGCUUUUUGUGUUGCUUCGUUUUUUGGAUGGUUUCGCAACGGGCGCCACCAUGUCCACGGGCUUUACCAUUAUCAUGGAGAUUGUCGGCAAAAGCAAACGUGAGAUUAUGGCCAUACUCUAUCAGAUCCCAUUCAAUUUGGGUCAUGCCACACUACCGCUCUUUGCCUACUUUCUACGUCACUGGCGUUGGUAUCAUCUUGCCUUCUCAUCCUUCUCCGUACUCUACCUGCUAUUCUAUUGGACUGUGCCGGAGUCUCCACGCUGGCUCUUCACCACCGGCCGCACUGACCGCGCCGUCCAGAUACUCGAAGCUGGCUGCAAGCGUAAUAACAUGCCCACUGAUAACAUACGCUCGGAGCUUGAGCAAGCCUCACAGAUUAUCGCCGCCACACCUACUUCGAAGAAAGGCAACAUCAUUGACCUUUUUCGUCAUCCUUAUCUGUGCCAGAAGACUUUGGUCAUGGCUUUUAAUUGGCUGGUCGUUUGCCUCGUAUAUUAUGGCGUAUCGCAGCAUAUUUCUAAUCUUGGUGGCAACAUAUUUACGAAUGUAGCUGUAGGCGCAACGCUCGGUGUACCCGGCACACUUAUUUGCAUUCCGAUGACCAAAUAUCUUGGCCGUCGCAUUACGCUCUUCCUCUCGAAUUUGCUUAGCGGUGUAGCGCUGAUGAUUUUGGCUUUUGCACCAUCUCUGAGCAGCACAAUGACGGUGGCAAUGGCGACGAUAGGUCUUUUUGGCGCAUCCAUAACAUUCCCGAAUGUAUAUCUCUAUGGCGGUGAGCUAUUUCCGACAGUGGUGCGUAACUCAGGUGUGGGUUUGUGCUCAUUUGUGGGGCGAGUGGGCUCGAUAAUCGCGCCGUUUAUAUCAGGCAUGUCGGCCCAGGGUCUGUGGAUACCGCCAGCUGUGUUCGGUGGAUUUUCUUUGGCAGCUGCCGUUUCGGUCUUCCUGAUGCCAGAGACUCGCGGCUUUCCGCUGCCUGAAACUAUUGAAGAUGGUGAGACUUUCGGUAGAGAUAAAAAGCAGGCACAGUUGUAGAUAAGGCUUUAGUAAAUAAUUGUUGUCUGACUUUAGGUGAGACAAUUUGUUGAAUAUACGUAGGACCAUGUAUGUGUAAUAAAAUGUGUAUCAAAAAAUUAUCAAACAAAACAAACAUAUGAAGAAUGAAGAGAAUCUUAAGAUAUCAUAGUUGAUUAAAGUGGCAGAGUGAUCAUUAAUAAAAAGGCAUAAAUAUUAUUUACUUAUGAAGAAACUAAAUGAUUAUCUAAUUCA